CACGACCACCAGAUGGCGCUGCGGCCCCUGUGCCCAGCUUGAUUGACAGGGAGUCUUCCAUCCGCGCACACGCACUCCGGACCGAGCAUGUGGGGAGCAUCUCGUACCUCUGCAGAGAGGAGGAGAAGCUGGAGUGAUGGAGGAGAAGAAGAGAGAAUCUUUCCAUCAGUAUGGAUCGCUGGAUCGUGCACAAUGGAGCACAGGCAGCCACAAAGCAGAGGAGGACGUGGUGUCCAUGGCGGACUCCAGUAUCACUGCGGACGACAUCGAGGGCGAACUCUUCAAGAUUGACCGCAUCAGAGAUAUUCUGGUCCGGAGGGAGUCAGAGCUCAGAUACAUGAUGGAUGACAUUCAGUUGUGCAAGGAGAUCACUCGGCUGAAGAAGGAGCUACAAAAAUUAGUGUCACUACCAGACAACGACAAGUCCAACGAGGAUCAACAAAAAGAAGAAGAGCUUCUUCUGCAGAUCCAUAAGUUGGUGGAAACCAGAGACUUCCUGGUGGAUGACGUUGAGUUCGAAAGACUCAGGGAGAAAGAAGAAGAUAAAGAAAUGGCAGAUUUUCUAAGGUCCAAAUUCCCGAGACACUUGCAGAAAAAAGAUGGACAGAGCAGGCGUGCGGCAUCCAGGGCUCAGCAGAACUCUUCCCCCUUCUCCCAAACGGGCCUCACCCUGCUGAAGGAGUGCUGCGGCUUCACUUGCUCCGUCAUGUAGCUUUUCAUCGUCUUUAGGUCACAGCUAACACUUGAAGUAAGAAAGACAAAAAGUGAUUGUCGGUGUACACAACCUCCCCAUUCAUCUCCAUGUGCCUCACGCUCAUGGCUCAGUCUUUUUCCUUCUAUUUAUCUCACAUAUUGAAAAAGCGUAGCAUUCAUUAUCAAGCCAAAACUGAAAUGGAGCUACAAUAUGAACGUUCCCUCGUUAGAAAAGUACAUCGUUUUUCAGUUGUUAGUUUUUAAUUAGCACCAAUAUUAGCGAGGAUGACUUCACCAACUUCAAGGAAAUGAGACCUCUGGGGACGUGGCGGCUCACAUUAAACGGGAAUGCUCAUUAAUAACUGUUUUUUUUUUUCUAGAUAGAUGAGAGAAACAUAGUAUCAAGUUAACAAGAUUUAUGAAUAUGUUCUCAUAAGACACAGGUGUCAAACUCAAGGCCCGGGGGCCAGAUCCGGCCCACCACAUGAUUUUAUGUGGCCUGCGAAGGCAAAUCAUGUGUGUCAACUUCCACGAUAAAAUCUGUACCAACAUUUCUAAUUGUCAUAUUUCGUAAAUUGCAAGCGUUUUUGUGUUACCAAAUAUGAACAAUAGUUGAAAACCCCAUUAGCCUUUAUUUCUGAUUCCAAAAGUAGUUUAUAGAUUUCGGGUGUAAUAAUAUGACGAGGUGAUUUCUGUUACAGCCGAACAGGACAAGAAAAUAAAAAAUAAAAAUGAUGGAGGUAAUCAAAGAUUUUUAUGGUUUCACAGUCAUAAUGGCCCUCUGAGGGAAACCGUAACUAAAAUGUGGCCCGUGAGAAAAAUGAGUUUGAUACCCCUAUAGAGUAUAUAAACUGAAAGUCACACACGCUGUAGUAUUUGUGUGUUGAUGUGUGCCUUUAAGAGGUGUGGCCUAGUGAGUGACGUCAGGAGCUCUGACUCCAUCUCUUAUUGGCCGUUUACCAAGCGGUGAGUUCUGUGUUAGCCACUUCUCCAUGCUCCUUGCAGGUGUUUUCAUUUUGUAUGUGUGCGUUUGACUGUUUGUACUGUUCAAUAAACGGCUAGAAGUGCAUCGGCAA